CGUUUCGCGUGUCAAAUGUUGGAUCUCGAAUCCAGCGAUUCUCCUUCGACAUCCGGCAGCAGCCAGGAAGAGACGGCGUUGGCGACGCCGACGACGACCAUUCAGCAGCUGCCGUCGUUGAUGUCACUAAACGUGCCUCCUCCUCCGCCUGUCAGGAGACCCGACGUUCCAGCCGUUAUUCCCGGAAACGGAUCACCUUCCCAACAAUUGCACAUUUUAGUCAUUUCACAGCCUCCCGGCUCGGCAUCCGCUGCUUCUUCUGGUCGAAACGGGAACGCCCUUCAAGCCGUUCAUUUGUAUCCAGGUAUGAAGCGUAAUUCUGACGGUGAGACAGGGCCGGCGGCCAAACGCCUCCGCCCCAUGGGCGACACGGAACUUCGUCUACUCGUUUACAGCAAGGUUGCCGGGUCCAUCAUCGGCAAAGGUGGUAGCAACAUCUCCAAGCUGCGCACCGAGAACCACGCCACUAUAUUACUUCCCGAUUGCCCAGGCCCAGAAAGGAUCCUGACAAUCCAGGGCAAUUUGGACGCAGUCAUCAAUGUUCUGCAGAACGUUCUGCCAUCGCUCGAAGAGGUUUCCAAGAUUCGAGGAGAACGGACUGGACGCGUUGGCGACUCGGAUGCCCGUCUCUUGGUUCACCAGAGCCAAAUUGGUUGCAUUAUCGGACGCGGUGGAGCCAAAGUGAAGGAACUCCGUGAGUCUACUGGAACGAGGAUCACGGUCUACUCUGUCUGCUGUCCCAGGAGCACUGAUCGCAUCGUCCAGAUCCUGGGCAAGCCCAGUGAUUGUGGCGAAUGCAUCAAGCAGAUCAUCGCGCUCGUCAAGGAGUCGCAAGUGAAGGGACCAAUUGACCAGUACAAUCCGUAUAAUUAUGACGAGUCGUUCGCCCAGGAGUACGGAGGUUACGGCGAAGGUGGCGUACUGGUUGGCAUGGGAGCCGGUGGUGGUGGUGGUGGCAUGCGCAAUCCGGGCGGCCCUCGGGGUCCCGAAAGGGAGCUGAAGAUUCCGACUUUGGUUCGUGACGUACCGCGUCCCCUCUCGCCGCCCAGGCAUCGCUACAGGGCCGGCAGUUAUGAACGUGACUUGCCACCGCCGUCGCUGAUGGGUGUCGGCCAGCCCGUCCGUGGUGGACCUGGCGGGAUGUACCAUGACGAACGGAUUUUCCGUGAAGACGAUCGCGGCCAUACUGAAACUACCCAAGUUUCCAUUCCGAAAGACUUGGCUGGUGCGAUUAUCGGCAAGGGCGGAGCUCGGAUCCGUAAAAUCCGCGGCGACUCUGGCGCCAGCAUCACCAUUGACGAGCCUCGCCCGGGCUCCACUGAACGGAUCAUCACCAUUUCCGGCUCGUCGCAUCAGAUAUGGAAGGCGCAAUAUCUACUGCAACAGAGUGUCCGCGAGAACAGCCAAGGAAAAGGUGGUUUCUGAUGAGGAAGGAAAAAAUGAAGAAUUCACAAGACAACUGACUGGCAAAGGAAGACAUUUGAUUCUUAAAAAAACUAAAUUCAAAAAAGGAAUAAAAUUCAAAGGCAUUUUCGACUCUGUUUGGACAACCUUUCUCCACCCAACCAGCACCACCACCAACACCAACCAACCGGCACUUCUUGUUAUGGAUGAUGUAACACACACACACACCUCUUCAACAUAAAAAAAUCAACCCCCCUUCUCCCAUUCAUCCCCUCAUAAUUAAUUUUCACGUGUAAUCGUAAUCAGAAAAACAAAAAAUAAUUCGCAACACCAUGUGGAACCAUUUUCUUACCCGAAUAUGAUUGACUUUGUGUAUCAUGUGUGUGUUUGUGGCCUCUUGAUUUUUUUGCGUGUUUUAAAAAAUUCGCCAAAAUAUUUUCAAAAUUUUUUUUUAUUGAUUCGGAAGACAGGCAAGACACUAAAAAUAAAAUCGACCCAAGAGAAAUCAUUUACAAAAGCAGAAAGUUAACAGGAACUUAUUUUCAUUUCAUUCACAAAUUGUUCAUUACAAUCUGAGAAGACGCGGGACAUUCACUUAUUUUGUUCUUGUUUGAAUUUUGUUUUCUUUUUCAAUUUGUUUGUUUCCGUGUCUUAUUCAUAUCCGAUCCAAGACCAUCUUCAAACAACCCACCAAACCAAAUUUCCUGUCGACCACCCGCCACCCCGUUUUUACGUGUACACAUUCGGUCCCUGUUGCCGUAUGCUUUUUAAUUCUAUUGUGUACGGAACUCGCCGUUGUUGCCAACUUCAUAAUACAUUUCACAUUUUUGGGG